AUGGCUAUCGAGCAAGCCUCCAAGAGACUCGCGGAGGCCAACCGCCGGGAGAAUCCGGAGCUAGCCUAUAAAAAGCACAUUGCUCACGAUACGUUGUGCGAGAUCCUGGAAGAGAAUAGGUUUAAAGUCACGCGCCACGCCUAUAGACUCGACACCUUCUUCGAAGCUAAAUUUGGAUUAAGAGAGCGUGAGAUAGUCUUCUGUGCCGAGUACAAUGCAUUGCCUAACAUCAGACACGCAUAUGGACACAACCUCAUUGGUAUUAUGAGCUUAACGGCUUUUUUAGCCUCGGUGGCUGUUCUGAAAACGAUAAGUCAACCUGGGAGAAUUCGAAUUGUUAAUACACCUGCAGAGGAACACGGAGGUGGUAAGCUUGAUUUACUUUAUGCUGGUGCGUUUGAAGGAGCCGAUGCGGCCUUAAUAUCCUAUCCAAUACCUUAUUAUUACUACUAUAAUACCCACGGUGCGGUUAGAGCUGCCGGGGCUCGGCUGGUUGCGAAGCAGUCAAAGGUAGCUCACUAUCUUAGGCGAACUGUAUACCCUGCUGCUAACCCUUGGAACAGGGCCAAUACCCUGGACGUGGUGAUUACUAGGUAUAAUAAUAUAUUCCUUCUCUACCAGCAAUUGCAUCUAGAUCAGAAGAUCCACUGUACCAUUCUCGAUACUCCUAAGAGAACCAAUAUUAUCGCUGCUCCCAAGAUCAAUAACCUCUACAAACUAUCCAGUUGGCUUUGUGCGUACUUGGAGGUAGGGGAUCUAGCAACAGGAUACAAGCUAGAUCUCAAGAAUAAAUCGGCUUACUCCAAUCUUCUUGUUAAUGACACGCUAUGUGGGCUCUACCAUGACCAUAUAGCCAGUUAUAAUAACGUGAGCUACGUUCUUCCCGGAAUCCACGCCAUAUUCUGUAUACCUGUACGCGAGAAAGACGUAGUCACGCACCAUGUGUCCUUUACUAACGCUACCGGUAUGGAGGAGGUUUUCAAGAUCUAUCUCACGGUCGGUAAAAAUCUUGCGCUAUGUACAUUGGAUUUACUACAAGAUAAUUUAAAGUACGAAGCUAUCGUUGUGGAUUGGAAAAUCGCAAAGGCUGAGUUAAGAUAA